AUGAAGAGGCUUGGGGGAGACACGCAUACAUGUAGAAAGUUUGAUAACAUACUUGAAUAUCUUGGUGAAUUUGGGACAUAUCAGAAACGAUGUUACUAUCUACUUUGCCUCAUGGCCAUCUUACCAGCGAGCCAUGCAUUCGCCCAAGUGUUUUUAGCCGCUGAGACAGAUCAUUGGUGCUAUGUUCCAGAGUUGGAUGAAGAUGGUUGCAGUUUGAACAACUCGGUGAUGUUUUGCCAAGAUAUGAUGAAGAACCACAGUAUACCAUUAGAAGAGAGCUCUAAUCAGUGUGACAGUGGUUUGGUUUACAGUAAUUGUGAACGCUAUGAAAACAAGACAUACACCAAUUAUACUAUAAAAUGUAAUCAUGGAUGGAUAUAUGACCGAUCACAGUACAAAUCAACGGUUUUUCAAGAGUUUGAUUUAGUUUGUGGUCGAUAUUACUUGGGAGCACUAUCAUCUUCUGCGUAUAUGGCUGGCUUGUUCAUUGGAGCAGUAGGAUUCGGGGCUCUUUCUGAUAGGAUUGGGCGUUUACCUACUUUGAUGUUAUCUGCAUUGUGCAUGGCGAUUCCAGGAACAGCCUGUGCAUUCUCACCAAAUAUCCAAACCUACUCCAUAUUCAGGGUAUUUGUAGGUGCUUCACACAUGGGAAUGUUCAUGGUGUCCUUCGUUUUAGCUACCGAACUUGUUGGACCCUCAAAGCGAGUGUUCGCCGGAGCUGUGAUAGAAUUUUACUUCAGUUUUGGAUAUAUGCUAUUAGCUUUUCUGGCGUACUUCAUCAGAUACUGGUGGAUACUACAAUUGUGCUUGUCAAUACCGGCCACGAUUUUCUUAUUGUAUUGGUGGAUUAUUCCGGAGUCACCAAGAUGGCUGAUUUCAGUAGAAAAAUACGAAAAGGCAGCGACAAUCAUUAAAAAGUGUGCUGAAGUGAAUAAAGUUACUGUUCCUAGCAGCGUGUAUGAAGAGUUGUCCGCAUAUAAUGGAGAUUUAUAA